CAGCCCUGGAGCCGACGCGCUGCUCUCUUUGCGCCCCUUUUCUUGUUUAACAUAAACCCAAACAGAUGGAAUAAUGUUUGCUUAAAAUAACUUUUUUUUUUUCAGCACUGGAAGGAGAAAAGCUUUUAGAGUUUUUCACUUUUGGACUGUGGUUAGAAGCUGAUCUGACAUCCCUUGUAAGUCUUACCUGGGCAUUAUGAAGAGGUAUCCAGGCUUUUUUCAUUCUUGGGAAAGGAUGCCGUCUUGCUGAACUCUUGUAGUGUAAUCGCGGAUUUUUUAAUACUUUGCUUAUAUUUUAGCGGCUCUCGAUAAACUGUAAUUCGAUCUGCCCUUUUACGCGCCAGUUUCAAAACUUUGCAUGCCCAAAAUGGACCGUGCAGGAUUUGCUUUUUUAAUGGUUUUGACUGUUGCACUCAUGCGAGUUUGCAACAGUCACAAGGAACCAACAGGUGGGAGGAAAGACUUUGCAGGGGCAGACCGGGCGGUCUGGGACCAGCACCAGUCCCGGGUUAAGCGUCAAGGUCACUCGCCAAGGGGACCAGAGGACGGUGCAUCCUCCAAACCGUCCGCUGAAACUUCUCCCGGUACCAGCCAAUCUACGACUCUGGUCCGCCUGCCCAGAGGCACAUCCUCCCAGGUGGAUGGCAGGCACAUAUCCAGGGCAGGACCGGCUCAUGCUGCAGGCGUCUCCCGGGAAGACCAUGCCUCUGCGCCGCCUCACCGCGCGCAGCGCACCGCCAGACAACCAGGCAGCCAGCAGCACAGAACCAGAGUGAACCGCAGGCAGAACAGCAAGCCCAGCUCUGCCAACACAAGGAGACUUGUUGGGCCGAAUGUCUGUGGAGGUCAGCAGUGCUGCUCUGGCUGGGCUUUGGCACCAGGAACCAACCGCUGCAUAAAAGCUGACUGCCAGCCUCCCUGCCAAAACCGUGGCUCCUGCAGCCGGCCACAUACCUGUGUGUGUCGCUCAGGCUUCCAGGGGCCCCGAUGUGAGGAGGUGGCUCCAGAGCAGGUGUACGUCCGCGACGGAGGCGCCCUGAGGCGUGUUCAGCCCGGCACCAACCCUUUCCGGAAAGACCAGCCAUGGAGAAGGCCCUCAGAAAGGCAGGUCAUCGAUACCACCAAGGUCCAGACCCCACGACCUGCAACCACCAGACAGCCUGUCCACACUGUGACCCAAGUGAGACGGGGACCCCCUGACUCCUCCCCUCAGCAGACAGGGACCUCCCGCACUGUGAAACGUUACCCAUCAUCCUCUGGGCCUAUCACCUCCAACGCUCUACCCGGUGGAAAUGGCUACGGUAACGGCCACAGCAAUGAGCACAGGAACUGGCAUGGAAACAGAAAUGGACAAAGAAAUGUGCACUCCUUUAACACUCACAGGCCUGCCAGCGUCAGCCAGCUACACGGACAGUUCAACAAUGCACUAUUACCAGCUGGGGCCAACCUUACCUCCAACCUGGACCGCAUUAAGAUCAUCUUCACGCCUAUGCUGUGCCGCAGGAUGUGCAGCAGCGGGCGCUGCUACAACAGCUGUGAGAAGGGAGACAUCACCACGGUCUACAGCGAGACUUCGCAGCAGCAGCAGCAGAAGCAGCAGCAGCAGCAGCAGCAGCAACAGCAGCAGCAGCAGCAACAGCCAAAGAACCAGGGCUUCAGACUUUUCUUCUGUCAGAUCCCCUGUCUUAAUGGAGGCCGAUGCAUCGGCAGGGACCUGUGUUGGUGUCCAUCAAACUCAACAGGGAAGUUUUGUCAUCUGCCAGCGCCAACUCCUGCCAGACCCACCCCUCACAGCCACAAGGAUGCCAGCCAUCAGGGACCAAAAUCCCCCUCCCACUCCAUGUACACACUGCCACUGUCUAACCAGCAAGUGUCUCUCCACCCAUCCCUGGUGAACGUCCACAUACAGCACCCUCCAGAGGCCGAGGUCCAGAUCCACCAAGUAGCCCGGGUCCAGCCAGGGCAGAGACUGGCCACCACAGAGGGGGCUCACUCUGUCCAGCAACGGUCCCAGCCUGGAAAUGGACAUGAACCUACCAAUGAGCACAGCAGCAGGCACUCACACAUCAAUGAGAAUGGAAAUGGCCACUCCAGAGUGCACAACCGUCAGAACGGACAUGUGGGAAGAUGCUUUCAGGAAACAGUUGAUGGACAGUGUGGCAAGCCUCUGCCUGGCCUAACCAAACAGGAUGAUUGCUGUGGAAGUGUUGGCGCCUCCUGGGGUCUAAACAAGUGCCAAAAGUGUCCAACCAAACCAGCAUAUGCAGUGAUUGCAAAUGGACAAGUGGAAUGUUCCAAAGGGUUUAAAAGGAUGAAUCUGACACACUGUCAAGACAUCAAUGAGUGCCUGUUGCCUGGGAUCUGUAAGAAUGCUGAAUGUCUCAACACCAAGGGAAGCUACAGGUGCACAUGUAAAUCGGGCUACAUGUUAGAUGCUGCCAGGAGUCACUGUGUCUCGGACAAGGCUGUGUCUGAGCAGAGGGCAUUGUGCUACCGGUCAGUGUCAGCGGGCACAUGCUCUCUGCCGCUUGCUCAGCACAUCACCAAGCAGAUCUGCUGCUGCAGCCGAGUGGGCAAGGCCUGGGGUGUUGGGUGUGAUCGCUGCCCUUUGCCAGGAUCAGACCAUUUCAAGGAGAUCUGCCCAGCUGGUCAUGGAUAUACGUACUCGCGCUCUGAUGUGCAGAUUUCUCUCAGACAGCUGGAAGAAGAUGAUCUGCAGAGCACAGGAGUAUCAUGGGAGGAGCAGAGUCCCACUUAUCCUCAGCCUCCAUCCUCCCAGCCUUCACUGCUUGUGCCCAGUGGGCCGCAAUUCCCCAUCUACCCACAGACACCACAGUUCCCCAUCUACCCACAGACACCACAAGUGCCCCAAUACCCUGAGUACUCUGAGACACCACAAGCACCCCAGUACCCUCUGACUCCGCAGCAGCCUCUCCAUCCCUCUCAUCCAGCCAGAGAGACACCUAAACAGCCGGAAGACGUGGAAAUUCUGAACCCGCCAGCUGUUGUGACUGACUCACCACUGAAGAAUCCAGAGACUUCUCCAGACUCCUCCACCAUCAACCUGAGGCCAGAGUCAAAGGACAUGACCCAAACAGACUCAGCCACAGGAGUUGACAAGUGUGCCACCACCCCCACCAUAUGUGGUCAUGGGAAAUGUAUUCCUGUGCAGACUGGAUACACCUGCCAGUGUGAGCCGGGAUUCAAGCUCAGUGCACUGCAGACCAACUGCAUUGAUGUGAAUGAGUGUGACGAGGACCCAUGUGAAGGGAAGGGGCGCUGCGUAAACAACUAUGGCUCCUACACCUGCCAGUGCCACAGUGGCUACAGCCAGGUGAUCACCCAGAAUAGGAAGUUCUGUCAAGACAUUAAUGAGUGCAGCAUGCCCAACAAGUGCCAGAACGGCAAAUGCAUCAACACAGAAGGAUCUUACACCUGUGAAUGCAACGGUGGCUACGCCAAGUCUCGGAGAGGCCUGUGCGAAGAUGUAGAUGAGUGCAGAGAUCCCAGCUCCUGUCCCGACGGUGUCUGUGUCAACACUCUCGGCUCCUUCCAGUGCCAGGCCUGCGGCCCGGGCUUCAGGCCUAUCAGUGAAAGAUGUGUGGAUGUAAACGAGUGCUUGAACCAAACGUUGUGCGGUAGUGGUAGGUGUGUCAACACUGAGGGCUCUUAUACGUGCAACUGUUUCCAAGGCUACAAACUCUCGCCGGACAACAUUUGCCAAGAUGUGGAUGAGUGUGUGCUCCCGGGAGUCUGUCUCCAAGGCCGCUGUGUCAAUCUGGACGGCACCCACAAAUGUAUCUGUAACCAUGGUUACCGAGUCACCUCAGACAGUAAAGCUUGUGAAGAUGUCAAUGAGUGCGCAACUGGUAAUGUGUGCCCUGCGGGAAUUUGCAUCAACACGGCAGGUUCUUACACUUGCCAGACCUGCAGGCCUGGGUUUGGACCAUCUGUUGAUGGACUGAGAUGUGAAGAUGUGGAUGAGUGUGCCCAGGGUGACUUGUGUCUAGGUGGUGUGUGUGCCAACACGGAGGGAUCCUAUACCUGCACCAGGUGUAAGGCUGGCUACAGAGUGUCUCAAGACCGGCAGAGGUGUGAAGAUAUUGAUGAGUGCCAGUCCCUCUUUACCUGUGCCAACGGGAUCUGUCUAAACUCGGAAGGCUCUUACACCUGUGAGAACUGUCCUACAGGGUACAGAGUAUCACAUGACGGGGAGCUCUGUGAAGAUAUUGAUGAGUGUGCACUGCCCACUACAUGCCCCCAGGGAACAUGUACAAACACAGAGGGUUCCUUUAAAUGUAUCAUCUGUCAACCUGGCUUCAGAGUCUCUGAGGAUGGACAACAAUGUGAUGAUGUGGAUGAGUGCUUGGUGGCUAAUGUGUGCCCGGGCCAGCUGUGCUUGAACAUGCCAGGAUCUUACUCCUGCAGGAGCUGUGGAGCCGGCCUGCAACUAACUGAGGACGGUUACAGCUGUGAGGACAUUGACGAGUGCCAGACCCCAGGUGUUUGCCCCACGGGUGUUUGCACCAACACAGAGGGCUCCUUCUCCUGCACGGCCUGUGACCCAGGCUUUACAGUGGCACCCAACCGGUUUUCAUGUGAAGAUGUGAAUGAAUGUGAGGACGCCAGCCUGUGUCUCGGAGGCCAGUGCACCAACACCAUCGGUUCCUAUAGCUGCUCCUGUCCGGCUGGUCUGGAGCUGGUUGAUGGGACAUCCUGCAGAGAUAUCAAUGAGUGUUUAACCAUCGUGGGGAUCUGUGGAGAAGGAGACUGUCUGAACACUGAUGGCUCCUACUCAUGUAUCUGUCCUGAUGGAUAUACCACCGUCGAUGGAAGGACCGGCUGCCAAGAUGUGGAUGAAUGCAGUAAAGACAAUGUAUGCAUCCGGGGCGAGUGUGUCAACACUGAUGGCUCUUUCUUGUGCUUGUGCGAGGCUGGUUUCAAGUUCAACGCCGACAUGGCUGACUGUGAAGACCAGGAUGAGUGCAAAGAGUUUGGAAGCUCAGUGUGUGGUACCUGGCGCUGCGAGAACACCAUCGGCUCCUACCGGUGCUUUAUGGGCUGCCAGCCUGGCCACGGGGAAGAAGACACCACAGACUGUGAUAUUGAUGAGUGUGUCAAUGAAACCAUCUGUGGGAACCACGGCUUCUGCGAGAACACGGAUGGCUCAUUCCGCUGCCAGUGUGACCAAGGCUACACCAACCUGCCCGGCGAUAUGAGCAGAUGUGUUGACGUGAACGAGUGCGAGAUGAGCUUGGCGCUGUGCGGGGAGGCCCUGUGUGAGAACUUUGAUGGCAGCUUCCUGUGCAUCUGCCCCAGCGACAAUGAGGAAUUUGAUCCCAUCACCAGCCAGUGCCGCUCCCUGGAUACUGACCCGAAACCCGCUGCUGAAGUGCCUCCAUCUGCUCCCUCAGCUGAGGAGAGGAAGGAGUGCUACUAUAACCUGAAUGAUGCCAACUUCUGCGACAACGUUUUGUCUCGCAACACCACCAAGCAGGAGUGUUGCUGCACGGUGGGGGCGGGCUGGGGGGACAACUGCGAGAUCCAUGCCUGUCCUCUCCCAGGAAGAGAUGAUUAUAACCAGUUGUGCCCUCAUGGCAGUGGAUUAUUACCCCUGCCUGUUUCCUCUACACAAAGUAUGGGAGAACAGCACCCUUAUAUAGAUGCAAAUGAGUGUGAGAUGUUUGGAUCAGACAUUUGUAAGAAUGGACAGUGUUCAAAUCUCUUUUCUACUUAUACCUGCUACUGUCGCUCUGGCUUCUACUAUGACAACAUCCGGCUUGAGUGUGUGGAUUAUGAUGAGUGUGAAUUUGGAAAUGCCUGUGAGGAUGGAGCAUGUGUGAACACGGCCGGGUCUUUCAACUGUUUCUGCAGUCCUCCGUUAGUCUUGGACAUAACACGGCGGCGCUGCAUUGGCCUCAACACCACAGAAGAAACUCUAGAGCCUGAUCAUGAUGUGCACAUGGACAUUUGCUGGCAGCGUCUGGAGGGGGACAAUAUGUGUUCGGAACCCCUCCAGGGACGCAGAACCACAUAUACUGAGUGUUGCUGCCUGUACGGCAUCGCCUGGAGUGGACAGUGUGCCUUCUGUCCCAGGAGAGACUCUGAUGACUAUGCGAUCAUGUGCAACCUGCCUCGGCGAGGAGGUUCAGACAGUCUGCGAGAGCGGCAAGGAUAUGAGUACGGCCUUGAGGGGCCAGAGGAUCCUGCGGAGCCUUUUGUCCCUCCAUACUGGGACAGUUAUGGCAGCCCUGCAGGACCCUAUGACAUUCCCGAAAGCGUUCCUCUCUUCAACGAUAAUGACUAUAGCGUUCAACAGCCACCUGUCCGUGUCCCCGUCCCACGACCACCGGAGCACCAGCCACAACCAGUGGAUUCUUAUGCCGAGCGCUACGAAGGCUUUGAGGGUCUCCAAGCAGAGGAAUGUGGAAUCCUGAACGGUUGUGAAAACGGCCGCUGCGUUCGUGUGCGAGAAGGCUACACCUGCGACUGCUUCGACGGUUACGAACUUAACCUAAACAAGAUGGCCUGCAUAGACAUAAACGAGUGUGAGGAUAUCAGCGACAAGGUGCCCUUGUGUCAGAACGGGCAGUGCACCAACACAGAGGGAUCGUACAAGUGCACCUGUUUGCCGGGCUUCGUGGCCUCUGCCCAACCGCACAAAUGCAUCCCGGCAAUCCCGGAGUCUGGGCUUAGGGAGACAGGAAACUGAGACAGUGUCUGUUGGAGCGCUGGCUUCUCCUGCUCCCUCAACGGUCACCUUACAUGCCCUUCAGCCCUUUUCCCCAAGGGCCCUGGCACUAAACCUCCAACAGUAACGCUGAAACGUCCAAACUCGUUUCUUUACAUACAGAUACAAACACAUACAUACAAAAGCGCACGCACACACGCACA